AGGGAGAAGUAACCGCCGGCUCUGUGCCCUCUCACCCACCGCAGGUCUGUGCAGCUGGACAGCGGGGAGCAGGGAGCAGGCUGUGUGCCCGCCUCUCCCCAGCCCAGGUAGCCCUGCCACGAGGGACAUGGAACCCAAGGACCAGCAGCUCACGGUAGCGCUUCGGAUCCGCCCGCUCAGUGACACAGAACAGGAGGAGGGAGCCAGCGUCAUCGCCCACAAAGUGGGUGACCAGAUGGUGGUGCUCAUGGACCCGGGCGAGGACCCCGAGGACACGCUGCGCGCACACCGGUCCCGGGAGAAGACCUUCAUCUUUGACACCGUCUUCGACCAGCACGCAUCGCAGGGGGACGUGUAUCGUGCCACCACCCAGCGCCUGGUGGACGGCGUCGUCUCCGGAUACAACGCCACGGUGUUCGCCUAUGGCCCCUCAGGGGCCGGGAAGACCCACACGAUGCUGGGCAUGGACGCAGAGCCUGGCAUCUACCUGCAGACCCUCGCCGACCUCUUCCGGGCCAUCGAGCGGACCCGGGGCAGCGUGGACUCCAGCGUGUCCAUGUCUUACCUGGAGAUCUACAACGAGGUGAUCCGCGAUCUGCUGAAUCCAUCCUCGGGGCUCCUGGAGCUGAGGGAGGACGCCAGGGGCAGCAUCCAGAUCGCGGGCAUCACGGAGGUCUCCACCUCAAAUGCCCAGGAGAUCAUGCAGCUCCUCACCAGAGGCAACCGGCAGCGCACGCAGGAGCCCACGGCCGCCAACAGGACGUCCUCGCGCUCCCACGCGACCCAGAACCGCGGCAAAAGGAUGCAGGAGGGCGCGCACAUCAACCGCUCGCUGCUGGCGCUGGGCAACUGCAUCAACGCGCUCAGCGAGAGGGGCGGCGGCCGCACGCAGUACGUGAACUUCAGGGACAGCAAGCUCACACGCCUGCUCAAGGUUAAGCGCAACCUGCUGACCAUGUCCUGCCAUCUGGACCAGGACACGGAUGUCAUCUCCGACCUGCGCAGGCAGAUCGAGCACCUCAAGUCCAAGAUCGAGAGGCAGGAGCACAGGAGAAGCGAGGCCGGGAUCCCGGAUGCUCGAGUCGCGAUGCCCGCCCAGGACCCAGAGGAGGACAGCCGCCUGCAGAUGGACGAGACCCGGGGCCAGCUCGUGGGGACCUUCCAGGAGCCGCCGGAGGUGGCGCGCAGCCCGGUGGAGCUGGAGGACACCAACAUGGAGCUGCAUGCCGACGUGUCCCAGCACCUGCUGGCCAUUGCAGAGUGAGUGUGCCCGCCGUGGGCACCGCCCAGGGCCCGGUGCCACCCUCUCGAUGGGGCAGGAGGGCCAAG